AGGGAAACGAUCGCUGUCGUGCAGAGCGGAGAGACCGGAAGUGUUGAGGCUCUCUCCUCCUUGCGCGUCUGCUGCUCGGCUGGGAAGGGGGCCUUGUUCUUCUCAUUUUCAAUGGAGAGUGACUGUACAGAUCAAUAAUGAGGACCAGCCCUCGUAGGCCCUUAAUUCUCAAAAGAAGGAGACUGACCCUUCCACAAAAGGAGGUAUCCAGUACUUCAGGAAGAGAUGAGAACAGUGGUCACGAUGAAAAGACACCUAAGCAGGAGCACAGCCAGGAGGACCAAAAUGACAGCCAAGGCAGAGACAAAAAAGAUGGUGGCCUGCAGAAAUUCCCAGCAGGAAUAAAGAUAAUCAACCAUCCUACCAUGCCCAACACACAAGUAGUGGCCGUCCCUACAAAUGCGGAUAUCCAGAGCAUCAUAGAGGCCCUGACAGCAAAAGGAAAAGAAUGUGGCAACAGUGGGCCAAAUAAGUUCAUUCUCAUUAGCAGUGGGGGAGCCUCUCGUUCAACAGGUUUGGUACUAUCACAGCACCUUCCCUCAGAGGAGGAACCUAGUGCAGUGCCUAGUACUGCAAAUAGUCAACUAAGAGAGAAGAAUAUUACACAGGCACCUGAUCUUGGAGGAGGGUCAAUGAUCUGGCAUUCAGGAAUUGAUUCUGCGUUUGCACAAAAACAGGAGAACAGCAGUGGUGAGACAACGAGUUCUGUGCUGGAUAAUAGCCUCACUAACAUCCAGUGGCUGGGGAAGAUGAGAACUGAUGGACUAACUCCCUGUUCUGUGAAGCAAGCCAUGGAGAAAGAGAACCAGAUACCUCUGCGGGAAAGAAUCAAGACUGAAGAAGAUUCUGCUGCUGUUGCCAUUCCCUCCUGUUCCUCCUUGUGGCAAGAUUCAGUAUCAGAACGACCUCCGUAUUCCUACAUGGCCAUGAUCCAGUUUGCCAUCAACAGCACUGAGAGGAAGCGUAUGACUCUGAAAGACAUCUAUACCUGGAUUGAGGAUCAUUUCCCAUAUUUCAAGCAUGUGGCUAAGCCAGGCUGGAAGAACUCUAUUCGGCAUAACCUGUCCCUUCAUGAUAUGUUUGUCCGUGAGACAUCUGCUAAUGGUAAAAUCUCAUUCUGGACUAUUCACCCUGAUGCCAACCGUUGCCUAACAUUGGACCAAGUGUUUAAGAUAAUCUCUGUAUUUGGAGGAAAAAAGAAAAGGGUGCUGUGGCUUUUGCUGCUGGAGCUUCUUUGGGAUGCGUUCAUUCUUCAGCCGCUGGACUUGGGGUCAACAUCGCCUGAGCACUCUGAAUCACAGCAAAAGCAACAUGUUCCAGAUCCCCAGAAGAACAUGGGAAGCAACAGUAGCAGUAAAACUGAACCCCAGAACACACGCCGAAAGAUGAAGCCUUUGCUUCCUCGUAUCAACUCCUACCUCGUUCCGAUCCAGUUUCCAGUGAGUCAGCCUCUUGUUUUGCAGCCUUCUUUGAAGGUUCCUCUAUCUACGGCACAGGGAGCAUCCCACAACAGCUCAGAGACCUUCCGGAGCAAUAAACGUGUGCGCAUUGCUCCAAAGAUGUCACUCUCUAUUGAAGAGUCAUCCUCUUUACCCAUGGCUGCGGUCAGGGAGGAGAGUCAAUGUGAUGAAGGAUUUUUUUCCCCAACACAUUCUCUAAAGGAGAACAGCUGUCAGCCUGGUGAGGAAUCCUCUUCUUUCCGUGAGACUCUCUGUAUUAAGGAAGAGGAAGGCUCGCAGCCGGGGGACUGGCUGUCCCCUUUUGCCUCAACCGUAACCGUAAAGGAAGAACCAGACUUGUUCGUCCCAGUCUCGGCCGUGACGGAGAAGAAACAUUUCACCAUCCUGAAGUCGCCAUCUAAGGGUGCUUCUGACGCAUUAGUUAUAAAGAGACGUGAGAGGAGGGAAACGAGCAGAUCCAGAAGGAAACAACGCCUAGCACUGCCUUGCUCAGAAGAGCCUGUCCUUAUCUUCCCAGAGAGCAGUGACUUUGAUCCUUUCCAGUCAGGGGCAGACCUCCCCUUACUGCAGGAAAGCCAGCCUCUAGAGAACGUAUCACAGCUGAGAUGCCUGCAGGAGGAAGAGGGGCCUUUUAAAACCCCAGUCAAAGAGAUGUUUGGCAAAUUGCCAGUUUCUUCCACUCCCCGCAAAGUCCCAGCAACUACUACGCCCCCACUAGGGGGCCUUGAUCCCUGGAAGUCUGCAUCAUCAGCCAAGAGAGGUAAUGAGCUGGAUUUCAGUCCAGUGAGAACCCUUCAGCUGCCGUUCACACCCUUCCAGGAGAACCAGGACUUGCUGGGUUUAAACAGCACACCCCUUAAAAACCCUCUCCCCGAGACCCCUUGGGAACUGCUCAAUACAGAAUCUAAUGACACACUGCAUGGCCCCCUCACGAGCUCUCCAUCUUUUAUUCACGAACCUACUAAGCAGUUGCCCCUUGAACUGCCAGCCUCUGGUUUUACUGAAAACCGCUCACUCAUGGAGGGCCUGAUCUUGGACACCAUGAAUGACAGCUUGAGCAAAAUCCUUUUAGAUAUCAGCUUUCCUGGUCUUGAGGACGAAAACUUAGGAACGGACAUUAGUUGGUCUCAGCUUAUACCUGAACUGAAGUAAACUGGCCAGAAGACUGAAUUUGGCUUAUUGGGAUUUUACCGAAAGCACUGUCCUCUUCUGAGAUCUGUUCACGUAGUCAAAAGCAGACAGUCUUUUUAGACAGUUCCUUCAUUCAUGGGAAUAGAGGGCGUUUAUUGACUCCUGCUAAGCUGGGAAACAGGCCCGCUGGCUGCUAUGAGCCGCCUUUUUGAGCUGCAAUGGACUAUUUACGUGGGUCAAGAUAGAACCUCUCCCUAAUCUGGUGCUAGAGUGGAGAGUCCCUGGAGAGGGGUUAUCAGGAAAACAUCUAGGUAGGCCCUGAACAGCACUGGCUAAUCAAGGUAUUAGAGGAAACGGGUACACUCCUCAAUUGUGUCCAAUAGGAAGGGCUUUGAGCACUUCCUCCUUGCUCUGUCCUUACUUUCUUUUACUUUGUUCUCAUCUUACUUAGCAUCUUCUGUGUAGGUUUAAUGGCAUUAAGCCCUGUAAAUUCCUUGAAUUACCUGCUCUUUAUUAUAAUAGUAACUUUAUUCUUGUAGGGUUAUUAUGGGAAUAUCUGAGCUGGUAGAGGAUUUAGCUUAGUGUUGCACAUAUGUUCCGCCUGCCCUGUAUUCCUCUAGAUGAGAGCCCAAAAUACCAUUUUCUUUUAAUUCAAAAAUGCAUUGGCCUUGAAAGUUGCCAGGGCAGAAAUCUGAAAAAAUCAUCUACGUGUGACUGAGUGCCUACCCAAACUAAACAGAAAAAUUCUGUUAACUGGAUUGCAGCAUAAAAUCUUGGUUCAUUUUUCCCUCUCCGCUCCUCUUCCCAGGCUGGAAUGGAGAAGAGCUGUAACUCUUCUGGUUCCAGAGUCCUAUCAAUAUGUACCUAGAGGACUUGGUAGAGUCACAGGUGCACUAAGAUGGAUUUCUAAGAAUGGUUAAAGCAGCUUUCAUUUCAGUCAUCAGUUGAAAAUGUGAAAAAGAACCUGUGAAAUGAAUGCUGGUAUUUCCGCUGACAAGUGACCUCUGGGAACAAAAGGUAUGUUUCUCCCAUUGCAAUAGGGCGAUUCGUCCCAGUUCUUUAGAGCUCACGUCAAAAGAGGAAAUGGCCAUGGGAAGACCUAAUUCUUCUGCUUCCAGACAAAUGAUGAGAAUCGUGCAUCUACAUACUCAAUAAAGUUUUUGUGGGAGUGCAGCUGAUCUUUACUGCUGCCACUUUUAGCAAUGUGCUUUGGCUGGACCCCAGUAUGAACAAAUGCUUUUUUGCUUGCCUUGACAUGGGCUUUAGCCUUGGGUCUCAGUUCUGGGAAAAGAGACAGGUUGCUGUGGGAGGGGAGAGUAUCGGGGGAAGAUGAUGUGUUCAGUACAAAUCUGCAUUUCUAAGAACCCCUCCGUAUACAGGUGCUGCUUUGCGAGAAAGGGCUGUUCAUAAAAUAGUUGCAGUAGCAGGCUAAGCAACCACAGCCACAAUCUGGGCCAACUUCAAUUCCUGUAUUAGUAUUUACAAGACAUCAGUAGAAACACCUUGCCUCAAUAGUUUCCACAAAUCUAAGCGAUCUGUCUUGGGACUGUGCCAAUGACAGUCCCUGAAAGUCUCUUACUGCCUAAUGUCGGUAAGUUAUCCUGAAAUUUUCUUUUACCUCAGGCAAGAAAGUUUCUUGGAAUCUUUUUGUCCUAGCUGAAGCACUGGGGGUAGGAAUGGAAUUCCUUUGAGCACUCAUAGAGCAUGAAAAGGUAUAAGAAAAAGAAAACGAAGAGGAAGAGAGAGGCCAAGCAUGUACGUAAGGCUUUUCACAAGUAUCACAAGAAGAGGCUCCACUAGAGCUGCUGAGGGAACGUGUGUUAGCUUGUAUCCUCUGAUUUGGAAUUCAGGAUGUGCUUAAUGCAUGUCUGAUCUCUGGUCCGCCUUACACAAUGAUUUGGUACAAAACAUGCAAUAAAUCCACUUCUGGUAGGCUAGAGAACUACAGACUGAUGUCACAGGCCCACAUAAUAAAAUAGGAGGCAUUACUUUUAGAGCAGCCCGUGUGUGUGUGUGUGUGUGUGUGUGUGUGUGUG